UGGCAACCGUCCGGAGCCUAAGCAGGGCACUCCUAUAAAUGCCAGGCCUGCCCCACUCACUCCAUGCCUCUCUGUGAAGCAGCCAGCUCUCCUCCAGUCUGCUCUGUGACUGACCAAGGUCAACUAACACAAUGGAAGCCUGUUCGUUGAAAAAUUCCCUGAAAAUCUUCGUUGAUACCUUCCACAAAUAUUCUAACAUUUCUGGAAACAAAGAUGCCCUGAACAGGAGGGAAAUGAAGACGCUGUUGAACAAGGAGAUGCCACAUUUCAUCAAGAACUCCAAGGAUCUGAAGAAUGUCUCACAUCUCUUUGAAGAACUGGACACAAACCAAGAUGCUGAUGUUGACUUCAAGGAGUUCGCUGUGAUGAUAGCACGUGUGGUCAUGGAAACCCAUGAAAAGAUGCAUGAGAAUGCACCUCCCGGCCAGGGCCACAGCCACGGGCCUGGCCUUGAGGGGCCUGUAAAGGGGAAAUGUGGGCAAUAACACUGAUGAGAGGCAAAAUCUCCCUCUCCUUCACACUCAUCUUUCCCUCCCCUGCACAUAGCCCUCCCCCAACAACGAAGUGUUUCGACUCCAUAGAGCCAAAAAAAGAAGGGCAAAAAAUAAUAGGGAAGGUAGUGCUGGGGUCCUGAUGACCUCAGCAAUAUGAUUGGGGACAAUAAAGUUUUUCUUUGAGCCAU